GCAAAAGAAAUUGUUUUAAAAGCCCAGAUCUUAGCUGGAGGAAGAGGAAAAGGUGUCUUCAGUAGCGGUUUGAAAGGCGGCGUUCAUUUAACAAAAGACCCUAAAGUUGUGGGACAGUUGGCUAAACAGAUGAUUGGGUAUAACCUGACAACGAAACAAACUCCAAAAGAAGGUGUGAAAGUUAAUAAGUUGAUGGUCGCUGAAGCCUUGAACAUUUCCAGGGAGACCUACUUUGCGAUUCUGAUGGACCGGUCCUGCAACGGCCCCGUGCUGGUGGGCAGCCCCCAGGGGGGCAUGGACAUCGAGGAGGUGGCAGCUUCAAGUCCAGAACUUAUUUUUAAGGAGCAAAUUGACAUAAUGGAAGGGAUAAAGGACAGCCAAGCUCAGCGGAUGGCAGAAAAUUUAGGCUUCCUUGGGCCUUUGAAAAACCAGGCUGCAGAUGAAAUUAAGAAGCUGUAUCACCUCUUCCUGAAAAUCGAUGCUACGCAGGUGGAAGUGAACCCCUUCGGUGAAACGCCAGAAGGACAAGUUGUCUGUUUUGAUGCCAAGAUAAACUUUGAUGACAACGCAGAAUUCCGACAAAAGGACAUAUUCGCCAUGGACGACGGAUCAGAAAACGAGCCCAUUGAAAAUGAAGCUGCCAAAUAUGACCUAAAAUACAUAGGACUGGAUGGGAACAUUGCCUGCUUUGUGAACGGUGCUGGACUUGCCAUGGCUACUUGUGAUAUCAUUUUCCUGAACGGUGGGAAGCCAGCCAACUUCUUGGAUCUUGGAGGUGGCGUACAGGAAGCUCAAGUCUAUCAAGCCUUCAAAUUGCUCACAGCUGAUCCUAAGGUUGAAGCCAUCCUCGUCAAUAUUUUUGGUGGAAUUGUCAACUGUGCCAUCAUUGCCAAUGGGAUCACCAAGGCCUGCCGGGAGCUGGAACUGAAGGUGCCUCUCGUGGUCCGGCUUGAAGGAACCAACGUCCACGAGGCCCAGCGCAUCCUCGGCAGCAGCGGGCUCCCCAUCACUUCGGCCGUCGACCUGGAGGACGCAGCCAAGAAGGCCGUGGCCAGCGUGGCUAAGAAGUGAGCCUUUGCCCUGAUCCCCCAGAGGAAGAAGUCCAUUCUGCCAUAGAAAGGGAUGGUUCUCUCCUCACUGAAGGAAAUGGUUAUCUCUUUGGGGGAAACACGGGAAGGGGAGAAGCAAGACCAUUUGCGAAAAACCUUAAUUCUGUAUCUUCUUGAACCAGAUAUCUAGACAGACUAAUCUGCUUUCACUUAUGUCUUUAUUAAAUUAACGCCCUGUGUUCUCACACUUUUCUGUCACCGUGAGCCUACUCAGUAGACCCUGUGUGGCCGACACUGGGGAGCGUCUGAUGGCAGUUUGGGUGACAUUUAAUCCUGAACAAUAAAAAAUCACAGGCCGUGCAAACUCAGGCAAGACUACCUUAACAGAUUAACUCUCUAACAGGUGCAGCGAAGACAGUCAACCAAAUAGCUGUUACACUGUCACAGCUUUUCCACAUUCCUGAUUCCAGCACAUGCUGGGAAAACCCAUGAAUAUUCCAAAAUAUAUUUUACAAUGGAAGGUCCACACUUCACAUGAUAUUCCAUAUAUUCUUACCUUUGCCUUAAUGCUGAGUAUACUCCUUACCUCACUCGAAAUAAAGCCAGAAGCCUUACUUGUGAUUUUUUAGUAGAUUUUAUUUAAUGUGAAAACU